AUGCCUGCUGAGGAAACUGAUUUGAUCACACAUUUAUUGGCAGACAAUCGUAAACUUCGACAGCUUUAUUUAGCUGAGCAAAAAAAAGCAUUGACGGAGCGAAAGCGACGGAUUGUAGCUGAGGCAAAACUUGCUGCUUUUCUUAGCAAAGAAGUUAUCGGAAGAAAGGAGCGAAAUUUGUUACACAAUUCAUGUCUGGAUCAUGAUUUGUCUAUUGUCAACAACACACACAAAGAUAUACUAAAAAAUGAUCGAAAUUCUAAUUCUAUUGAUUCUUCCAACGACGAUCAACUUGCUUUCAUGCAUGAUAAUAUUGCUGAAAGUGAUGGUAAAAUCAAUUUAUCACAUUCCGUCAUGUCUAGUGAGCAAUCCACUGAUUCAUUAAAUAAUAAAGCAAACAGCGCCCAAUGCUCUUUCAAAUUACCACAGAAUAAUUUUGAGAAGCCAGGACCGACAAAACUUAGUAAAUUUUGGUUAUUUAUUGACAGAAAUGGAGAGACAAAGUCAUCGAUACCUCCUCCACUUAAUGAGAUACAACAAAAACGAAAAGAUGCAUUUAUAAGGCGAAGCACUCAACGUCAAAUUCUUAUUCGAGAAGCGUCAGUGUGCCGCAAAGAACUUGCAGCUGCAAAGCGUAAAGUUGCAAAACAGUUGUUGGCUGGACAUGCAGUAAAUCGAAAUGCUUUCAAAGUGCUUAGUUUAAUGGAUCGGGAAAUUUGCGCAUUUCCACCUCAAACGAUGGUGCACGAAACUACCAGACGCGUUCGUAAAACGAGAGAAUUUCAAGACAAAAAAAAGCGACGACGAGAAGAAUACGAUGCACACAUCAAUCGUCUGCUAGCAUAUUGCUACAGUCAGGCGCCUUACAAACUUAAUCGAUGA